AUGUUUCGAAUCCUCGAGUCGCAAGCUCCGGCCAAGCAGACGGCCACCGAUACCAUCGAUGUCCUGAGCAGUCGCCUGCAGAGUGCCACCCUCCUGGAGGACCGUCGCGCGGCCAUCCAGGGCCUGCGGAGCUUUGCUAAAAUCUACCCAGCUUCGGUCGCAUCGGGGGGCCUGCGCUCGCUGAUCAGCAGCUUGCGCAACGACCAGGAGGAUGUGGACACCAUCAAGGUGGUCCUGGAGACCCUAUUGAUGCUGUUCUCCCCCGACGAGACCAGCCCCGAAGCAUCGGACGAGAUCGCCCUCUGGUUGGCCGAUGAAUUCACCCAGCGACAAGACAAUAUUACCACUCUGCUCGACCUUCUUGAAGCCCGCGAAUUCUACUCCCGGCUCUAUUCCUUGCAAUUGAUGUCCCACAUCUCUAGCGCACGACCCGAACGAACACAGGAGUGCAUUUUCACUGCGCCAUUGGGGAUUUCCAGACUCGUCAACGUGCUGACGGAUGCUCGAGAGCCGGUUCGCAAUGAGGCUCUGGUGUUGCUCAUAGCCCUGACACCCGCUUCCCAAGAGCUACAGAAACUGGUGGCCUUUGAGAAUGCUUUCGAAAUCAUAUUCGCCCUUAUUGAAGCAGAGGGCUCCCUGACCAACGGAACUGAGGUGGUCGAGGACUGCCUAACCCUGUGGGCCAACCUGCUUCGGUUCAAUGUCUCCAACCAGUCAUUCUUCCGUGAGACAGGCUGCGUGAAGAAAGUGACCGCCCUCCUGGCCGAAUGUCAGCAAGAACCAGCGGGAGAGGAGCCCCCGCCCCCGCAAUGGACGCUUGUCCAUCGAGACAAGAAUGUCUGGGGUCUCCUGGCGAUCAUCCAGCUGUUCUUGAUUCGUGGCGGUAUGAGCACACCCAUCAACCAGACGGCAUUUUGGCAAAACGGUGUGACGGAGCAGGUUCUCAGCAUCGCUUUUGGGCAGAAGUUCAGCGUUGGCGUGACAUCCAAGGCCUUGGAAACUUGCGCUGAUCUCAUCCGUGGAAACUCACCCUUGCAAGAAAAGUUUGGAGACAUCGAAAUUCUCUGGGGGUCCGCUUCAACGACCGAGAAGACGGUAAAUGGAAGUCCGAAAGAACCACAACGAAUCAAUGUCAUCGAGGCCUUCUUAAAGUUGAGCCUUCAACCGGCCCCAAAUUCUCUUUUGGAUGCGCGCCUCGCGGCUUGUGAAUGCAUGAAGGCUUUCUUUGCAAACCACCCUGGGAUCCGCAUGCAUGUGCUCCGGAGAGCGAUCGAAGGCCAUGUCAGCGGACAGGACCAGAUUCCGAAUAUCCUGUCAGUUCUGCUUACUGCGCCGGAAUCCCGAGGAAAUGCAGAUCCGUAUCAAGUAUGGAUGGCUUGUGUGUUGAUGUUCCAUUUGCUUUUUGACAACACCGAGGCAAAGGCAACAGCCAUGAAAGUCACCGAAGGCAAUGCUGAGAAAGGUGAAGAGGUGGUUACCAGCGUUCAACUCGUGGUGGGGAAUUUGAUCACGGGUAUGCAGCGUGGCGAUGAUGAACGGAUAUCUCUCGGUUACUUAAUGUUGCUCUCCGGAUGGCUUUUCGAAGACCCGGAUGUGGUGAAUGAUCUUCUCGGAGAGGGCAGCACCAUUCAGACGCUCUUGCAGGAGAUUAAACACCAACGGACCCCCAGCAAGUUGGUGCCGGGUCUUUGCACGGUUCUGUUGGGUGUUAUCUAUGAAUUUUCUACCAAAGACUCCCCCAUUCCCCGAGCGACGCUGCACAAGCUGCUGGUUGAACAACUGGGACGAGAGCAAUAUAUUGACAAGAUCACCAAGUUACGGGAGAACCCCUUGGUCCGCGACUUUGAGGUCUUGCCACAAACGGCAGCUGCGCCCCCUGAGGGCGGCCUGCCGGAGGUGUUCUUUGACCGUUCCUUCGUGGAAUUCCUCAAAGACAACUUUAGUCGGCUAAUUCGAGCCAUUGAUCGAGAACCUGGCUUCGAGAUCUCGAUUGUCGCAAACGGCGUUGAGAAGGGCGUCUCACGCGAGCUCGUUGAUUCUCUACGCGCGGAACUCGAAGAUCGCAACCAAACCAUCCAGAAAUUAGAGUCUGAUUUUGUGACUAUCCAGCGGAAGCUCGACCAAGAACAGUUGGAUCACCGAAGGACAAAAGAAUCCGGCUCUGUCGAGUUGUCUAAGAUCCAACAGAUCAACGGAUCACUCCAACAGAACCAUGAGCAGGAGCUACGGAAGCUAGACGACCAGCACAAAGUUGCAAAAAAUGAACUGCUCAAGCAACACGGCGAACAGCUUCGUGCCAUUGAUAACCAGCUCAAAGAGGCAUCGGCUGAAUACGAGAUGAAGAGCAACCGAGUGAGAGAACAUCACGAGCAUGAAGUUGCUGGCUUGCAAAAAGCCAUCCGGGGGCUAGAGGAAAAACUCUCGACAAUUCGGGAACAACAUGCUAGUGAAGUUGCUAGUUUGCAACGUACCAUCCAGGAACUGGAGUCUGGUGCGAGCCAAUCCAAGGAGGCCUACGGCGGUCAAAUUGCGGAUCUCAAGCAGAAGGUCCAAAGCUUGGAAUCGACCCUUGCCUCGACCAAGGAGCAGCAUAAGGCGGAUAUUGAGUCGAACCUUGCCGCAGCCAAGAUAGAGAAUGAUGCCGAGGUUACUGAGCUCAAGACCACUAUUGAAAAUCUGCGGUCAGAUCUUGACAAAGCCCGGGACAAAUCGAGCAAGGCCCUCGAAUCCGCCAACGAUGAUUUUUCGAGCAAGAUUUCUGCCCUGGAAACACGAGCCAAGGAAGCUGAAGCGAAGGCGAAGGAGGCCGAGUCACGAGGCCGGACCGCGUCCGAGUCUCUUAAAGCCAUGCAGACCCAGCUUGAAAAAGCCCAGACCGAGGCGAAGGAGAAGGAAGAGGCACGGCAGACCGCUCAGACGGAAUUGGAGGACCUCUUGAUUGUAUUUGGCGACUUGGAGACCAAGAGGAACGAGGAGAAGAAACGCCUCAAGGAACUUGGCGAAGAAGUGUCCGAGGAUGAGGAUGAGGAGGAUGAUGAGAACGAAGAGGAGGAUGAGGAAUAG